CCCAUUUCUCCUCUCUUCUUCGAACCCACUAGUCUCCUUUGGUUUUGACUUUGAACGCUUCUCUCAGUUAUAGCUGUCUAUUCUUCAAUGCAAGCUUUUCUCCCAAAUUCACCUGCGCUGCAUGCCUCCUUUUCCACCAUCCUCGCCGUAAGCCAUGGAGUCGACCCCCAACGCCUCCGAAAGCUUGACCCUGUCGCCAUUCGAGAUCCCCCAUGAGGACGUCGAAGCGCUCUGCACAUCAGAGGGAUUCCAAGUGUUGAGGAGAUGUCUUGCCAAAGACCUCGACUUCUGCACCGAGCACCAGACUUGCGAUAAGCAGGCUCAAGACAAAUGGCUGCUUCACCGCGACUUGCUGCAUGCUCUGGUCAUGCCCGUGGUCGAGCUUUUCCAUCAUGCCGAGGCUCUCGCUGAGGUUGCGCUUUGUAUCCCCAGGCCGGAAGACCUUGAGUUAGCAUUUAGGGGAGAAGCGCGCGGUGCGUUUCUCUGGAUGCAAUGCUUCAUCUCGGAGGAAGAGGAUUGGUGUCGUACGCGGGGCUGUCCAGCUUGUGUCACAAUGGCGACGAUGAGCACCGAGUCGCAUAUCCGCCUUACCAUCGCAGCAUCUCUCCUCUCAACCGCCUCAAUCUCCUCUCCGCAUUCGUCUCCAGCCACCUCAGGAAAUUCCUCUCCAGCAGAAUCUCCUACCUCCCCCAUCUCACCCACCGACACCGAAACAGAAGCACCCAGUCCGAGACUCAGUCUUCCUCCACUACCUCAAGUCCUCCCCGCGCUCCGUGAGGCCCUCGCCUCUGAUCCCUUCUGGGGCCCAGACUAUUGGCCAUACCUCUUCUCGCGCUCAACGCAGCUCUCAGCCGGCAUCCAGUGUCUAAUCGCCGAAUGCAUAAGCCUAGAGUCCACCGUGCCCUCGAGCACAGAUUCCACACCUGCCCCAAAGCGCAAUGUCACUAUGCCGAGCUUCCUAAGGAGCGCCUCAGACGGACAGUGCAAGCAAGAGGAGAAAGGCACCAAGCUGUGGAAGAGUAAAAUGGCGAAACAUCAGUUGAGAAUGAAGGGUGAGGAGAUGGAUAUCAUGCGACGUUGUGCGCUACAAUGCUGGGCUGCCGCCGCUGUGCCCUCGAAGCUGAGGAAUGAGAUUCUUGGAAAAGGUGAGAAGAGGGUGAGGAGUUUGACGUGUCCGUGAAGGAAUAUUUUCUGUGCCUGUUCCAGGUUUGGGUCUCUGGGUAGGGCAAUAUAUGUUGCAUGCAUAGCCGCCUGUCGUUCUCGUGAGAUAUGUGACGAGGUAAUACGAGCGAGAGGUGGCAAGCGAAGGCGUUUGGAAGGAGGGCUUCGGUUGCAUAAGAUACCACCAUGGCAUUCUGGGUUCUGGGUUGGAUUUAUUUGUCGAGCUGAGGGCUCUCUUUCCACUUUGUCAGGCUUUCAAAAAUUUCCCUUUCUUGUACAUAUACAUUUCCAACUUGCUUCAGAUCUUGGGCUGUGUAUCGUUCACUCGACGUUUCGAUUUGCGUACACCGUUUAAUUCGAAGCGAUUU